AUGGAGAUAUUGGUGAUGGUAAUACUAUUGGGGGAUGGUAAUAUUAAUAGAAAUAUUGGUGAUGGUCAUAGUAAUGCAGAUAUUGGUGAUGGUAAUAUUAAUAGAGAUAUUGGUGAUGGUAAUAUUAAUAGAGAUAUUGGUGAUGGUAAUAGUGAUGGAGAUAUUGGUGAUGGUUAUAGUAAUGGAGAUAUUGGUGAUGGUAAUAUUAAUAGAGAUAUUGGUGAUGGUAAUAGUAAUGGAGAUAUUGGUGAUGGUAAUAGUAAUAGAGAUAUUGGUGAUGGUUAUAGUGAUAGAGAUAUUGGUGAUGGUAAUAGUGAUGGAGAUAUUGGUGAUGGUAAUAGUGAUGGAGAUAUUGGUGAUGGUUAUAGUAAUGGAGAUAUUGGUGAUGGUUAUAGUAAUGGAGAUAUUGGUGAUGGUAAUAGUAAUGGAGAUAUUGGUGAUGGUAAUAGUGAUGGAGAUAUUGGUGAUGGUAAUAGUAAUGGAGAUAUUGGUGAUGGUAAUAGUAAUGGAGAUAUUGGUGAUGGUAAUAGUGAUGGGGAUAUUGGUUAUGGUAAUAUUAAUAGAGAUAUUGGUGAUGGUUAUAGUGAUGGGGAUAUUGAUGAUGGUUAUAGUAAUGGAGAUAUUGGUGAUGAUAAUAGUAAUGGAGAUAUUGAUGAUGGUAAUAGUGAUGGAGAUAUUGGUGAUGGUUAUAGUGAUGGAGAUAUUGGUGAUGGUUAUAUUAAUAGAGAUAUUGGUGAUGGUAAUAGUAAUGGAGAUAUUGGUGAUGGUAAUAGUAAUGGAGAUAUUGGUGAUGGUAAUAGUGAUGGAGAUAUUGGUGAUGGUAAUAGUAAUGGAGAUAUUGGUGAUGGUAAUAGUAAUGGAGAUAUUGGUGAUGGUAAUAGUAAUGGAGAUAUUGGUGAUGGUAAUAGUAAUGGAGAUAUUGGUGAUGGUUAUAGUAAUGGGGAUAUUGGUGAUGGUAAUAGUGAUGGAGAUAUUGGUGAUGGUAAUAGUAAUGGAGAUAUUGGUGAUGGUAAUAGUAAUGGAGAUAUUGGUGAUGGUUAUAGUAAUGGGGAUAUUGGUGAUGGUAAUAGUAAUGGAGAUAUUGGUGAUGGUUAUAGUGAUGGAGAUAUUGGUGAUGGUAAUAGUAAUGGAGAUAUUGGUGAUGGUAAUAGUAAUGGAGAUAUUGGUGAUGGUUAUAGUAAUGGGGAUAUUGGUGAUGGUAAUAGUGAUGGAGAUAUUGGUGAUGGUUAUAGUGAUGGAGAUAUUGGUGAUGGUAAUAGUAAUGGAGAUAUUGGUGAUGGUUAUAGUGAUGGGGAUAUUGGUGAUGGUUAUAGUGAUGGGGAUAUUGGUGAUGGUAAUAGUAAUGGAGAUAUUGGUGAUGGUUAUAGUAAUGGAGAUAUUGGUGAUGGUAAUAGUAAUGGAGAUAUUGGUGAUGGUAAUAGUAAUGGAGAUAUUGGUGAUGGUAAUAGUAAUGGAGAUAUUGGUGAUGGUUAUAGUAAUGGAGAUAUUGGUGAUGGUUAUUGUAAUGGAGAUAUUGGUGAUGGUAAUACUAUUGGGGGAUGGUUAUAG